UGUUGUCUUGCAAUCAUGUUUAAGAAUUUAUGUUUGGUACUUGCAAUUGCGGUGGUAACAGUUAACUGUUUUCCCACUGAAACAAAAGAUUCAGUUCCAGCUGUAAACGGUCAACAGCCACAAAUCAGUACCUUGCCAGCGACUAUUGGACAAUUGCCUUCGUCCCAAACAAACCAAAAAGUUCAACCACUUCAACCAGCAAGUCACUCUAACGACGGUCUUUUACUUCAACCCUCCCAAAACCGUCCAGCAAGAGACACUCAAGCGAGUUCCACUACAGGAAAACCCCAUUUAAUUGGAGGAGACGCCGGAGUAUAUCACGGACCCCAGGCAUCUCAAAGCCAAAACUCACGCCCGGCUAGAGACACGGGAUCCGCACCGUCCAGUUCUUCAACUGAAAAACCCCAUUUGAUCGGAGGAGACGCUGGAGUAUACCACGGAUCACAGACAGCUCAAAAACGUCCAGCCAGAGACACACAAGAAGCUAGUUCAACAACUAGAAAGCCACAGUUGAUUGGUGGAGACGCGGGAGUCUAUCAUGGACCUCAAUCUGCUCAAAAUCAAAAUUCACGUCCUGCUAGAGAUACCGGAUCUGCUCCGUCCGGUUCUUCAACUGAAAAACCUCAUUUGAUCGGAGGAGACGCUGGAGUAUACCACGGGGCACAGACAGCUCAAAAACGUCCAGCCAGAGACACACAAGAAGCUAGUUCAACAACUAGAAAGCCACAGUUGAUUGGUGGAGACGCGGGAGUCUAUCAUGGACCUCAAUCUGCUCAAAAUCAAAAUUCACGUCCUGCUAGAGAUACCGGAUCUGCACCGUCCGGAUCUUCAACUGAAAAACCUCAUUUGAUCGGAGGAGACGCUGGAGUAUACCACGGAUCCCAAACAGCACAAAAACGUCCAGCUAGAGACACACAAGAAGCCAGUUCGACCACGAGAAAACCUCAGUUGAUUGGUGGAGACGCAGGAGUGUACCACGGCCCCCAAUCUGGCCAAAAUCAAAACUUACGCCCAUCUAGAGAAGCUAGCAAAGAUUCUGAAACACCCGCUGCUUCUUCUGGCGCUACGUCUGGACAAGUCCAAAAGCAAACUCGUCCAAUUAAUCCCGCUGUUUUGACCAGAGACGUACCGAAGUCCACAAUCAACAAACAAAAUUAAAAUUAAAUCUUGAUUAAAUAACAAUUAUUCAUUCAGGGAUUUUAAUAAAUGCAUGUGAAAUGUGUAUAAAAAUGAAUAAAGAUUUUGCCAAGA